CCACGCCCACGCCCACCACCACCACCACCACCAUGACGAGCCGACCUCAUCGCCCAGGCGGCCUCGACCUGCGCUCCCAGUCGUUUGACCCUCCAAGCAACAUGUACAACAACUCCAACAACUCGUCGCAGUCUGGCCUCGGCUGCAUUGCCAGCGCCAGCAUGAGCAAUUUGUCCCUCGGCUCUGACCUUCCCAGCCCGCGCACCGGCGAGGCCCCGCCCGCCCUCUCCCCUCUGGACGCGCUUGCCCUCCAAGGACGACUGCUUGCAAAGCGCUUCGAGCAGCAGGACAAGGCCGGCCGCCGCCUCAGUCGCUUGGCUCCUCUGACCAUCCAGAACGAGUUUGGCAACCGCCCCGGAUACUUUUCUUCGCUGUCCAACUCGACCGUCAACUCGCCCAACGAAGACGCAAACUCCUUCAGGUCUCCCCGACCCGACGUGUCCCCCCGCCACGAAGCAUUGGAGAAGCACAGAUCUCACUACCCGCAGAUUAGCAACGACGACCUCGAACCCCAACAUGCCGCUGGCCCACUGCAGAGCCCCAUGGCCACCAUCGCAGAGGCAAGCCCUGCCAUUUCACCACGCGGCUACUUUGAUAUUCCCAGGUCGCGCUCGCCCGAGCAGGUUGAGCCCCAGUUUGGACUAUGCGAGGCGACGCCCGUCAGCCCCCGCGUGCCAGCCACGCCCUCGAGAAUGUUCCUGAGCCCACAGCGAAAGCCAUCUGUCGAGGCCCAGCAAUCGUCGCCGCAAUCGCGCGCCAACCUGCUGCCCCCCCGCUCGUCCAGCUCGGUACGCUCCAAUCGCUCCCCGCGCCUGUCGCCCAGCAUGCGGUCCACACACGCCGACAGCUACGACGACGUCGAAGACCUGUCCCUCAGCGGAUCAUACGACUCUCUGCACCAGAACCGCAGCCUGUCCCCUAGCUCCAGCUUUUCCGGGGCGCAGUCGCCGUUCGCCGCCGGUGCGGCUUCCAUGGUUCCUCGAUCACCUUCGGCUGCAUCCGACUAUUCUAUUAAUAGCACAAGCCUUCCGCGCCCUGCAUACAACUUCUCCAGGCCAAUGAGUCGCCAGAGCACACGCCCAUCAUUGGACGUCAUGUCCAACGAGGGUCCCUCACGCCAGGCAUCCGACGAAAGUGCCUACAUGAGGCCCUCUUUUGAUAGCCAGUCUCAUCAACAUGACCCCAACGAGCCUCCCAUGGCACCCUACGCCAAUGAGACUGUUCACACGCCCGUCAGCAUGGCCAGUGAGGACUUUCGCCGAUCGGGCGACUUUGCCAACAACCCGGCUCCCUCGUACACGUACACCAAAUUCAACCUGCCUCGUGGCAGGACGGUGGAUCGUCGAUCGGUCGGUGUCGAGGAUUUCCUCAACAGUCAGAUCAAAUGGGACCAGCCAAAGAAGCCCAACCAGGCUCAGGCCCGUCCACCCUCGCCAGAAUCCCCACCUCGUUCUUUUGACCAUGGCGCACCGUCACUCACUUCUAGCAAUAGCACCAUCCGUGCCCGCACCGCUGGUGGUACGGAAAUUACCGCUCAGCAGCACUGCGACAUGGGUAUCGAGCUUCACGAGGCUGGCGAGCUUCUCAAGUCGACCUACCACCUCCGCCUCGCUGCCCGUGCUGGCCUUCCAGAAGCCAUGUUCUGGUAUGGCCUGGCCUGCCGACACGGCUGGGGCAUGCGUGAGAACAAGGGCGAAGCGUUGCAGUGGUUGCGACGUGCCGUUGACUCUGGCCAUCUUGAAAUCGCAGAUGACGAAGACCAGGACAAACACGGCCAACCCACCGACCAAGUCAAGAAGAAGAAGCAUCGUGCACAGUAUGCAGUGGCAAUCUACGAGCUUGGAAAGUGCUACGGAAACGGUUGGGGCUGUCCUCAGGACAAAUCGCUCGCGCUCCGCUGCUACGAGAUUGCCGGCAACUGGGGCGAUGCAGACGCCCUUGUCGAAGCUGGCUACUGCUAUGCUGAAGGCGUGGGCUGCAAGAAGAACAUGAAGAAGGCUGCCAAGUUCUACCGUGCAGCCGAGGCCAAGGGCGUCAGCAUGGUUGGCAACAGCUGGAUCUACAAGGACAAAUACAUGGACGAUGGCCCAACCAUGUCUGACGCACGCUCAGUUCGAUCUGGUCGCUCUACAACAAGGGACCACUCUGAGAAGAAGGCCCGCGACAAGAGCAGGACGCGUACCAUCUUCAGCCGCAAGAAGAGUGCGGCUUAACUCUCUUCCUCCCCCCCCUCCUCUCU